CGUAGUCCAACACUCACUGACCUUAACGUAUCAAUAACACCUGUCAGGAUCUCAUACAGGCACCAAUCAGCAGCACGAGGAAACGGCCAUGUGGCAGACCCUGAGGUACAGAGGGACGGAAGGGGGGACACGACACACACAUGGACAGACGGACACAGACUCCAGCCUAAAACUCACACUGUCCGGCAUAGAAUCAAAAACGGACAAACUUUCUAGAGCACUUCUCUGUCUACAGCCUGCCGAUACAGUUAUGACGCUGCUGCGCUCUCUGUUUCUCUCCCUCCUGGCCACCUCAGCCAUAACUGAAGGUAAGAAUCUCUUUGCCGUUGGUCAUGUACAUGUCUUUAGAUUUCCUAGACAUCCAUCUUUAUUUCCUGUUUUCUUCUCUUUAAAGUCCUUCCUCUUCUCUCUUGUUGACCUCUAUGUUACAAUAUGCACACUAGUUUACCCCUUAGAGUAUAUGCCCAAUACAUUGCUUCAUUCUAAAUGGUAUGCUGGUAUGGGCAUUGGGAUUGAGCCUAUGACUGGCUUUCUGAGAGGCAUUCUACAGAUUAAUGCAUUUCUCAUCUGCUCUGUGUUCCUAAAGAGACAGAACUAGUGUGGGUAGAACUAAUUCCAUCAACCCCCCCCCACCUCUCUCUCUCUCUCCCUACAGACAGCGCCCUCCCAACCCUGAGUGAUGUCAGUGCAGCCGAGGCCUUCAUCGAAGCCUCCGAGGUGGUCGUCAUCGGGUUCUUCGAGGUCAGACAGGAAACAAGCGUGGGAAGGGCAGGAUGGGAGGGGAGGGAGGGAGGGAAAUGUAACGUGUACAGUAACCUACUGUAGGCUGAGUAGGGUUGAAACAUCACAAUGGUACAAACCCACAGCAGAUUUUUAGCAUCGUUGGCUAGCCGCUACACCGCUAGCGUGCGGCCGGACAUGGCCAGCCAGAUAUAACCGAGGUCAGAUUAGACCAUAACUCAGAUUUGAGACAAAAAAACAAACAUGCAUUCCUUCCUGUGUACUGUUGUGUGUUCAUAGCUACAGUCCCAGCUGCUGUCAGGUUUUGGCGGGAAACUAUUUCCUGUGGCCACACACUUGGCACAGGAAGUGACUAGCUGGCAUUGCCGUGGGGAUAGUAGGCGGCCGUCCCAGAGUGCCAAGCGGCGGCCCGAGCCCUUUGGCCUAACUCUGUGUGCGGGGGACGAUGGUUGGCAGGCGGCGGCCCGCUGGACAAGGAAAUGAGGACGCAUCUGAGGAAUUGUGGGAUUGGCACAGAGUAGGUCGCUGUAAACAAGUGUAAACAGAGCGUGGGUGAAGGGUGGAGAGAGGGAGUGGUGGAGAGAGAGAGUGGUGGAGGAGAGGAGAGCGAGAGGGAGUGGAGGAGAGAGAGAUGAGUGGAGGAGAGAGAGAAUGAAGGAGAGAGAGAGAGGGGUGGAGAGGGAGGAGUGGAAGGGAGAGAGAGAGAGAGAGAGCAAAUGAGAGUAAAUGGUGGACUGCCUUGUUGCUGCUGGGGACCAAAAUAUUAUUUCAAGACAUUCUUUGAGGAUGAUUCUAUGACAAAUACAAGGCACCAAAAUAUUAUUCACUGAAAUUCACUGGGGCUAAGUGGCAAUUUGAAUCUCAAAAACAGACUUCAAGAGUAUUUCACUAUAGUGAGUGUUAUUAUACUAACAUUCUCUCUCCCUCUCUGUCUGCCCCCUCUCUCUGUCCCCCCUCUCUCUCUUUUUAUCUCUUCAUCUCUUUCCCUCUCUCUCUCAGACUCCCUCAGAGGAGACUUUUGGCUAUAAGGAGUUUGUGGAGGCAGCUAAGACUGUGAAACCUAUCGCUGUGGCUCUGUGCAGCGACAAGGAGGCAUGGGCCAAACUCAGCAUCGUGUCUGACACCAUCGCCAUCUUCAGAAAGGUAAACAACUACACCACACCUUUCACUUUGUCCAUCAGAAAUCACCUGCUUGAGUCACAUUACAACUACUUCGACGGCAAAUUUACAAGAAAAUAUCAACUGAAAAAUGUGAUUUAUGUGUGUGUGUUCAGGCAGAUAACCACCAAGAGAACCUUCAGCUCUCUCAGACGAAGAAGGUGGAGGCGGAUGGCCUUGCUCGCUUUAUCACCAUGAACGAGCUUCGCUACAUCACCGAGUACAACCAAGUGGUACUGUCACUGACCACGGCACGGUCCAUCUACACCUUCCACACGACUCUAUACAACAGCACCUAUUAACAGUUAAACCAGCCUUGUUAAAACUACACCUUGGCAUCACAUCUUUGUAUUAUUAGCCUUUCAUGUUCAGUCAUAUAACCAGACUUACAGACAGUUAAUGUACUGGCACAUGCCUAUUUCUCUCUCUCUCUCUCUCUCUCAGACAGCAGUGGGUCUGUUCCAGUCUGAGGUGAAGGCGCACCUCCUGCUCUUCAUCAACAGGGGGAGUGGUGACUAUAAAGUGCUCAAGGAACGGCUAGGAGCUCUGGCCCCAGAAUUCAUUGGAAAGGUGAGAGCAGGCAUGCAGCAACUGGACCUGAAAAGAGCGACUCACCAAAACCCUUAUUAUAUUGGCCAUUUGAUUCAGAUCUUGAGAUAAUGUCCCUAAUCCCUCAUUUGGAAUCGGUUAUUUUGAAUCAACUCUUUAAUUGAAUCUUGAAUUUAAUUUGUAAAUUGGAUCAAUGGAGUCCCAGAAUCUCAAUAUACUGUAUAUUAUAUAUAUUAUGGUCUCGUCCAAUAAAAUCACAGAUUUUAGUUUUAGUUUCUGUUACCAAAAGUUUUUGCUACAGUGUGCUCAACUGAACAUGACCAUGAUUUCUUUGUCACAGUUGUUGUUUGUGCUGGUACACGGGGUGAAGUCCAAUGAGAAAUCUCUGGGCUACUUCGGCCUGACAUCACGUGACCUUCCCCGCGUGGGCAUUUACGAUGGCGGCUCAGACAUGAAGUGGCUCAUGCCCGAGGGAGAGAUCUCCACAGAGCGUGUGCGGGAAUUCUGCCAGUCACUCAUACGAGGCGAUCUCAAGGUCAGAGGUCAAAACAAACCUGAGUUCAAAUAGUAUUGGUUUUCUUUCAAAUGCCUUUGAGGGUUGAUUGAGCCUACCUGGAGUGCCAGAUGGACGGGGUUUGCACUUUUGGGACUAUUCUAUUGGUUCCAUUGUGCCAGGCAAGCUCAAUUAAGAGCAGUUAAAUAAGUAUUUGAAAGAAAACAAAUACUAUUUGAACCCAUAUCUAUGGAGCAGUAUACGUUUCAGUGGCUUUGAUAAUAUGUAGAAAGCAUUGCUUCUCAAAAACCUUUUUCAUAUUUUUAGGAGGUGAAGCAGGCAGGAGAACCUGAUCCUAAAACUGAGUUGUAAAACAAACAAAUAAAUCAAUGUAAAUAAUAA